UGUUUGGAGACCAUCUGAACGUUUAAUCUUUAAAUUCUUGAUUUAAAUGCUGGUUUUUAUCUGCAGACAGGUGUAAUAACUUUAAAUUUAUUCAACAUUUUCCACCCCACUCUGCUAUUGGACGGCUUCUUACCUGUCCUCUCCUCCUUUACCGUCGCUCAGCCAAUAAAACAGUAAACUGAUAAAUAUAUAUAUAAAUUUUGGCGUGUGAGCUGUUAGGGCUGGAAAGCACCUUUUUUUUUCUGCUGCUGACGCCACGACGGUGACGGUGCGCCUGUUCAGGAGCCAUCAUCCCCAUCAUCAUCAUCAUGUUUACCUGAACGCGGAUAACGGGGCUGACAAAUGGCCUAGAAAUAAACACAAAAAUAACACCUGCGGCACCGAGCGUCGACGGAACACGACCCCCCCUUCCCCAGCGUUACGUAAAGGCCCCGCGUGUCGACCGGAGCCAGCGAAACCGCUCCAAAUGUCAACUUGUGCAGUAACACACUUCAACAAUGGCUUGGAGGCCAGUUCAGACUCAGAUGAUGAGGACAAGCUACACAUCGUGGAGGACGACAGCCUGCAGGAGCAGGACGUCGCCGACGCUGACAGGACCACGCCACUGGACAGCCACGAUGACACCAGAACAGUAUUACUGCACAACGGCUCCUGGAACGGAGUGAAGGAGGAGUGUGUGUCAGACGAGGAGGAGGAGGAGGUGAAAGAUGCUCUAGUGGAGGAGAUCCUCCAGCAGGGCGACACGGCCAUCAUCUAUCCUGAAGCCCCGGAGGACGAGCAGAGUCCAGCAGAGACCGGAGGCGCUGAUGAAAAUGGCACACCUGACUCCUUCUCCCAGCUGCACACCUGCCCGUACUGUUCCCGGGGUUACAAACGCAACGCCUCUCUGAAGGAACACAUUAAAUAUCGCCACGAGACCAGCGAGGACAACUACAGCUGCUCCCACUGCAGCUACACCUUCACCUAUCGCUCGCAGCUGGAGAGGCACAUGAGCCACCAUCGAGGAAGCAAGGAGCAGAAUCACGUGUCCCAGUCGACUGGAGGAUCAGGAGAAACAGGCGGCACGCGAAAGUUCAACUGUACUGAAUGCUCCAAGGCCUUCAAAUACAAACACCACCUGAAGGAGCACCUGCGCAUCCACAGCGGUGAGAAACCGUACGAGUGUUCGAAUUGCAAGAAGCGCUUCUCCCAUUCAGGCUCCUACAGUUCCCACAUAAGCAGCAAAAAGUGCAUGGGUACAACGCCCCCGAACGGCGUCACUCGAACUGCAAUGAAGUCCCCCUCCCCGACCGCUCAGGUCAGGCCUGUCGCCAUCGCUCCGGCCCGCAUGGUCCUCAAAGAGAAGAUCGAAAGCAAGCCGCUCCAGGAGCAGCUGCCCGUCACCCAGAUCAAAACCGAACCUGUGGAAUACGAAUGCAAGCCUGACGCCACCGCACCCACUGCUCCAGCGGGUAGUAAGGGCGUGCUGAACGGAGCGGCGCAGCCCGCCGCUGUCUCCGCCGCAGCCCUGCCUCAGGGUGUGGCCAUGGUGGUGCCGACGGUGGGCCUCAUGUCACCUGUUAGCAUCAACUUAAACGACCUUCAAAAUGUGCUCAAAGUGGCCAUGGACGGAAACGUGCUCCGGCAGGUGCUGGGCUCGGCCAACGGCGUGGUGGCGCAGGGGAAGCAGGGGAUCGUUGUCCAGCAGCCGCAGCAGCAGAUCAUCAGCCUGCCGGCCUUCGUGGAUCACGAUGGGACCACAAAGAUCAUCAUCAACUACAGCAUCACCCCUGCAGCCGCCGCUGCCGCCAAUACCCAGCCUGCACCACUCAUCAUCAAAGCAAACCCUCCCGCCCCCACGCCUGUAGCUGCCAAAACGGCCAGCCCGACCAAACCAGAGGAACCCCAAACCCCAGAGGCCACCGACCUUUCUAUUGUGAAGACGGAGCCGGAAUCGGAAGGCGAGGAGGCAGAGGCCGCAGCAAAGAAGAAGACAGACGCCAAUGAAUCGCCAGAAGCUGCUCAGACGCCCAAAGAGAGCCACACCAGCACCUGUUUACUGUGUGACGACUGUCCCGACAACCUGGAGGCGCCGCACCUGCUCCAGCAUCAGAAGGCAGCCAACGGCGAGGCCGUGGACUCCGCCGCUCUGGACCCGUCCUUCGCUGCUCUGCUGAGCGAGGCCGGAGUGACGCUGGAGGAGCCGCCCGUGGACGACCUCCUCUCCCUCCUCAAGACGUACUUCGCCUCCAACGCCAACCCCAGUGAGGAGGAGCUCUCCAACAUCUCUGAGUCUGUCAGCAUUCCAGUAGAUGUCGUGAGGAAGUGGUUUGCUAAGAUGAACGCUGGCAGAAACACGGACAAACAUCGGAGUGACGCCAAAGCGAGAGAAAGCACAGAUUCCAGCUCAGAGGAGGCUGUGAAUCACAACAGUGAAGGAGAAGAGGAGGCUUCCAACAAAGCUCCAGCGUCUGACUGCGGCAGCGUCUCGCCGUCAGAAUCCAGCAGCGACCUCGUGAUUGUUAAAAGUGAACCUGAAGAUCCAGAAUCCCUGGACUCCCAGGCGGAGCCUCUGGACCUGUCUCUUCCCAAACACCUCACAGCAGCAUUAGAAAAGCAAGCAGCAGCGCCUCCCCGCAAGCAGCAGGAGCAGCCUCUCAACCUGACCUGCCUGAGGAAGGAGCAGCUGGACGGCCGGACCAUCUACGUCACCACGCCGCAGAGCGGAGGACCCGUCAACAUCGUCACCGCCGCGCAGCUGCCUACCUUAGUGGCCAUUGCCGGUCAGGGAACGGUGGGCUGCAUCAGUGCCAUCAACACCACCACAAAGCGCACCAUCCUCAUCCCUCAGCUCACCUACACCUACGCCACGGCCGGGAACUCCACCGGAGCCAAAACCGUCGUCCUCAACGGCCACAAGGAGAAACGCGCAGAGAGCAGCUUUGACGCAGUUUCAGCUGCAGACGAGCAGAACGACGCAAAGAAGCGGCGGCUGGAGAACGGCGUUUACCCCUGUGAUCUGUGCUCAAAGGUCUUCCAGAAGGCCAGCUCGCUGCUCCGACACAAAUACGAACACACAGGAAAACGACCCCAUGAAUGCAGCAUCUGCAACAAAGCCUUCAAACACAAACACCACCUGAUCGAACACUCCCGCCUGCACUCCGGCGAGAAGCCGUACCAGUGCGACAAAUGCGGCAAGCGCUUCUCCCACUCAGGCUCGUACUCCCAGCACAUGAACCACCGCUACUCCUACUGCAAGAAGGACAGCUCCAGCCCGGGCUCCGCCUCGGGGUCGCGCAGAGCUCUGCUGGAGCUGGGCAGCCCCGUGGGCGGGCCGCAGUCGGACAGCCGCACCACCACGCCGCCCUCCCAGGUGGACUCAGACGAGAGGGAGAGCGAGGCGGAGGAAUACGAAGACGACGAAGCCAUGUGCAUGGACGACAUCCGGGUGGUGCAGGUGGACGACGGCGAAUGCGAGAUCUACGAGGGUAACUUCGAUGACGACGAAGAGGAGGAGGAGGAGGAGGAGGUGGGGACCGAGGGCGACGGGGUGGAGGAGGAGUUUUCCUGCGACGUGGUAGAAAUCGAGCUCGGGGAGGAUCCGCCCGAGGGGGGAAGGACCCAGGAGAAAAGCGCAGACUGUGAAGAAGGUUCCGGCGAGAGCGUCAGGGAGGGUCCGGGCAGCACGGAGCCGUCAGGCACGCCGACGGCGAGCAACUGAAGGACAAGGAGGACGCUGCCGGAUUUUAACGGUCCACUACUGUGUACAAAAACCCAGGUGUGCCUGAACUUUGAGAAGAAAAAAACAUUGACUUUUUAUUUGUGAAAAUGAAAUAUUAGUGUUGAAACCUGUUUAUAGAAGUACAGAUUUUGAAGUAGACCCCAUCAACUGCUUAGACUUGUUACUGAGACAUACCAGGUGUUUUCUUUUCCUUCAACCAGUCAGUGUUACUAAUCUUGUUUGAAAACCUUUUAACUUGUAAAGAUGAGAAAGAUUUCUAUACCUUUUUAUUGCCAAUGAAGUUUCCUAAAUCAGUAUUUUAUUGAGUUCUUCGAACAAAAACCUCUGCACUACAGUAUUCCUGGUUUACCUACGGAUACAUGCCUCAUGCGUCGUUUGCCCUUCAGUGUUAUAUGUGUACACUAGCUGGCAGGAUGUCGUUCGUCGUAGUGGUAGUCUAUGCUAGCUAGCUUUACGUUUGUUUUCAGUUCGACUGUUAGCCUUAAGGAAAACAAAGUAUUCCUGGGGAGGGCGGGCGGGUCGCCAUAAUCACAUCUGUCCAGCCGGGGAAGGUGGAGCCACAACCUCAAAGCCAGCAGCAGGGCGCCUUUGUUUUGCGGCAGCUUGAACAGGCGGAGUCUGCUGCGGAGACUCCGCCCCCUCCAGGCUCGGCUUCGGCUCCAAAACUCAAGCGCUUAACCGAAGCGAGCUUCUCCUUCUUUGGCGUGGUUGUCAGUCAGUCAGUGGGUGGGUGUCAGGAUGGGAGCGGUUCCUGCUCCAGCCCCAAAUGCCUCCAGCCUUAUGCAAGACCUGUGUGCUGUUAAAGUGCCAUUGAACAGUGUUAUGAGUUCUCCUCACGUGUAGCCAGUAUUAUGUUCCUCUGUUGCUUCCACAGGAGCCGUGUUGACUAAUGUUUGUUGACUUGCACAGAACAGCAGGUUUGUCACAAAUUGAAGCGUCUUCCUGUGAAAUCAAAGUGCACGUUUCCUCUUUGACCAGUCCGGACCGUUUGGAAUUUGAGGCGAAUAGUCAUUACAGGUCAUCAAAAAUCAACAAACCCCCAAAAUGCUUUGAGAUGAAAGAAGCUUAAUUUUUUAAGCCUGAAAUCCAAUAAUAAUCCCAUCAGCUAUCUUUAUUUUCAAUUUUACUGUUUAAAAAAAAGUUAAGAUUAUUUUAUUUUUAACUGUGAAUUAAACUGGUGAUUUCACAUCACAUGGUUUACAAAAGGAGGUGUUUAAAAGGAGGGAAAAGUUUAAGAUAUGUCAAGAAAAAAAAAUAUUAUACACGUUUUUCUUUCCAAAUAUAAAAAACUUGUAUUUUUUCUUUAAAUUGAACUUUGAAGCUCUCUUCUGCUCACCUGCUUACAGAUUUUCAAGUGACAAAAUCACAGAACAGUGAGGAGAAAAACAGAUGUUAGAAGCACUACAUUUCCCCCCUCAUUCACCUAUUUGAAUUAUUUUAUAGACUGUUCUUUUCUUUGUUUCUUGCUCUCCGUGACGCUACAUUCACUGUCUCUACGCAGUUUCAGGCCCAGUGAGUGGAAUCAUCCGUGGCCGAGCUUUCCUGUGGAUUAUGAAAAUGCCUUUUAAAGCGUUUCCUUUGCAGUUUUGCCGUGUUUACAUCACUGAGCAGACAUCGCUCAGGACAAGCCGAGACAAACAUUCUCCUGAUGAAUUUGAAGUAACUUUAGUGAGCUUGUCUUCAUAAACCUAAAUCGGAGCUUCAUUUGUGACAAGCUGUCCCGCACUUCAGGUAACAAGCAUUAGUGAAUGUGGUUUCUGACGGUUUUCAGUUGGUUUUACCAAACAGUAUUUUUUUAUUUGUUCAUUGGUUUUUAUUGUGUCCUUUGUAUGUUUUGUUAACAAUGGCAGUAUUAGUACCCCUUUUCACAGAUUAAAAAAAUAUAUAUUACUGUUUAGUUUCUAGAAGACUUUUUUAUAUUUAUGUGUCUUAUUUUUAUAUUUUCUUUUAUGGUUAUUUAUUACACAUUGUAGUGUACAUUACUGUAGUUUGAAUUGAUACAAUAAUAUAUUUUAGUAUGAAAAAUAACCUUGAGACAAACAAAAAAAAAUCCCAAAUUGUGGUUCUGGGAGCUGACGUUUGUUUCGACUAAACUUCAAAAACAGAGAAAAGGAGAAAAAAAAAUACUAAAAAAUGUCUUCUGUAACUCUUCUGUUUAAAGCUAUUAAAAAACAAAGAAAAAAGACAGGAAUGAAAUGAGAAAUAGAAACUGUUACAUGUGCAUCCACUCUUUUGUCGUUAUGAAGCUACUGAAAUCUGAAACUAUGUGACUUUAAAGCAUGAGUCGUCGCCGUUUUAAUGAAGGAUCCUGAUAUGAAGUUGUUACUCUCCUUUUUUUAUUUUUUGUUUUAUUUUGAGGCCAAAUUAGCAUCCUCCUGCCGCCCUGUCCUUUGUUCUGUGCCAAUAUGUUCCAUUGUACUGUUCAAGGCUGCAUAAUGUUCGUUGAUACACACCCUUUGUAAAUCCACUGUCUUUUUGUAUUGUUUUUAUUUUAGGUUUGCUCCAUUUUUAUGACUCCCAAUCACAUUAAAAUGUAAGAAAGCAGCUCA